UCAAAAAACACAUUUCUAGAAGGAGGUCUAUUUUUAUUAUUCUUUGGAAGUACAAUGAUAUUGUGUCAGUUCCUGGAUUGCCACGAUGACCCUCUGGAGGGACCUGAAGAAGGAGUCCUCGAGGAUAUAGCGUACAGCUGGUUGGGGACGCUGCAAUACAUACACAUAAAGAAUGGCACUCCUCAUUACUUCCGCGUCCCUCGAGUGGUGUUGAUCACACGACAGUUCGUCCUGUGCACCGCUGUUGAUGCGUCCGAGAUACCGACUGGCUAUGCUUUAGGUAACGUGAUCUUCGGUGACUACGAAAGAGACGAAGACGAGUGCGGUCUGAGUGUGGAGUCGAUCGCCGCCGGCGCAGAGUGCAAACCAGCCAUCCUGAUCAUGCCCAUAGCCGACGUGCUGCUACACCCGGAGUACAAGCACUUCCAUGCCAAAAACAGCAUCGCUAUACUCAAACUACUUAAAACUGUUACCUCUCGUAAGUAA